CGCUGCACUAAUGGCUCAGCCUGGGGCCCCAGGGACCUUCCCUGCCCCCCAGACUGCUCUGCGGGCCCCCUUGCCCCCUCACUGCUGAAACCCAAUCCUCUGCGGCAGCCCUGGCUCCGCAGAGCAGCCUCCAGCAGAGCGGCCCCUGCCUCCCAAGUCGGCUGCGCCCUACCUGGCCUCUCCUGCCGAGCCCCCGGCCCAGCGCCGAGCCUAGUGGAGCCCCGGCUGGUUCCUUCGAGACAGCCGAGCCGAACCUGCCCGGCCAGUGCCUUCCCGCUUCUUGGUUUGGGCCCCUCUCCCCACUCUCUCCUCCCCUCUCCUUCCCUGCAGUGACCCCUGCCCGGCCCCCCAAAUCCUCAGUCCCUCCCAGUCCUCGGACUGACCCUCUUUCCUCUCUCCAAGUCCCUGCAGCCUGAUCGCCAAUCCCCAGCCCUCUCAGUGUCCCCCACCCUGGACCUCAGCCAUGAAGCCCCAUCCUGGGCCAGAGGAGGCCCGGCGGCCAGCUUCGGACAUCCGCGUGUUCGCCAGCAGCUGCACGAUGCAUGGGCUGGGCCACGUCUUCGGCCCUGGGGGCCUGACGCCUCGCCGAGGGCUCUGGGCCGCAGCCGUGCUCCUGUCGCUGGCCGCCUUCCUCUACCAGGUGGCUGAGAGGGUGCGCUACUACGGGGAGUUCCACCAUGAGACAGCCCUGGACGAGCGCGAAAGCCACCGGCUCACCUUCCCCGCCAUCACCCUGUGCAACAUCAACCCACUGCGCCGCUCACGCCUCACGCCCAACGACCUGCACUGGGCCGGGCCCGCGCUGCUGGGCGUGGAGCCCGCUGAGCAUGCCGCCUUCCUGCGCGCCCUGGGCCGGCCCCCCGCGCCCCCCGGCUUCAUGCCCAGUCCCACCUUCGACAUGGCUCGACUGUACGCCAGGGCCGGACACGCCCUGGAGGAAAUGCUGCUGGAUUGCCGCUACAGAGGCUGGCCGUGCGGUCCUGAGAACUUCACCGUGAUCUUCACCCGGAUGGGUCAGUGCUACACCUUUAACUCCGGUGCGGAUGGGGCAGAGCUGCUCACCACUCCCAAGGGCGGCAUGGGCAACGGGCUGGAGAUCAUGCUGGAUGUGCAGCAGGAUGAGUAUCUUCCCGUGUGGAGGGACAUGGAGGAGACCCCGUUCGAGGUGGGGGUCCGAGUGCAGAUCCACAGCCAGGAGGAGCCGCCCACCAUCGACCAGCUGGGCUUCGGGGCAGCCCCCGGCUACCAGACCUUCGUGUCCUGCCAGCAACAGCGACUGAGCUUCCUGCCACCACCCUGGGGUGACUGCAGCUCCGCACCUCUGGACCCCGACUUUGAGCCGGAACCUUCUGGUCCCCUAGGUCCUCCCAGCCCCAGCCCAGGCCCCCAAGCCCCCUAUAGUCUGAUGGGGUGUCGCCUGGCCUGUGAGGCCCGCUAUGUGGCUCGGAAGUGUGGCUGCCGAAUGAUGCAUAUGCCAGGCGGGGCGCCAGUGUGCAGCCCCCAGCAAUACAAGGACUGCGCGGACCCGGCGCUGGACGCCAUGCUGCGGAAGGACGCGUGCACCUGCCCCAACCCCUGCGCCAGCACGCGCUACGCCAAGGAGCUCUCCAUGGUGCGGAUCCCGAGCCGCGCCGCCGCCCGCUACCUGGCCCGGAAACACAACCGCAGCGAGGCCUACAUUGUAGAGAACGUGCUCGUGCUGGACAUCUUCUUUGAGGCCCUCAACUAUGAGACCGUGGAGCAGAAAAAGGCCUAUGAAGUGUCAGAACUGCUCGGUGACAUUGGGGGCCAGAUGGGGCUGUUCAUCGGGGCCAGCCUGCUCACCAUCCUUGAGAUCCUGGACUACCUCUGUGAGGUGUUCCAAGACAGGGUCCUGGGAUACUUCUGGAACCGGAAGCACUCCCAAAGGCACUCUAGCACCAAUCUGCUUCAGGAAGGGCUGGGCAGCCAUGGAACCCAAGUUCCCCACCUCAGCCUGGGCCCCAGGCCCCCCACCCCUCCCUGUGCCGUCACCAAGACUCUGUCUGCCUCCCACCGCACCUGCUACCUCGUCACACGGCUCUAGACCUGGCAUCUGUGUCUUCCGGGCUGCACCUUGACAUCUUGGGCGGGCCCAGCCUGCACAUGUCUCUGCCCUCUUCACCCCAAAUAAAGUUCUAGU